GAUGUGUGCAGAUGCAGAUAGACUUGUUCCUGUCUCUUCAGUGGUAUAGUCUACAGCCACUUCCUGUGCAAUGCGUCAUUUCUUUUCUUUCUCCAAAUCUAACUGUUGUCUCGCAGUCAUGGCUUCUGUUAUGACAAAUAAAGCUACCAGCCUUCUGAUUUUUAUAAGCAUUCUUCAAGGAACUCAGAGUGUCUUCAUAGAACACAAAACAGAGGUAAAUGUGGCAGUUGGACAGAACAUCAGUCUGCCGUGCAUCAUGUCCAAGGAGCAUCCAACAAUCAUCCAGUUACAAUGGCACAAAGAGGGAGAAAAGGGAGAGCAAAAAUUAGUGGUGUUUAAUCCUUCCUAUUCUGUUCUUUACUAUGCGAAUCAUAAAUUGGAGCUGGUGAACGAAACAAACACCACUGAGUUGCGAGGCUCCAUCUUGCUUUUGCAGGAGGUUACAGAGAAGGAUAGUGGAAACUAUGUUUGCGAUAUCGCCUCAUUUCCUGCUGGCAGCAUCAAAACAGUCACAAAAGUCCAAGUUAAAGUGCCAGAGGUUUCAAUGAAGAUCACGUCCCCCGAGAGGACUGUAAUAGAAGGGGACACAGUGAACAUCAUAUGUGCCAGUGAUCCUCCACCUGACAAGUACAUGUUAUUAUUCUCACGGAGUCAAUCAAUUAUGGAAAGUCAGGAUGGAAAAUUCACAAUUCAGAACAUUACUCGGCACAUCAGUGACCUGAUAUGUCAGCCCAUCUGGAACUCAUCAAACCAACACUUACAAAGCCUCAAUGCAACUAUGUACCUGACUGUAGACUUUCUUGACAAUAUAGAGUGUAAUUCCGAGAGCCGGAUACAAGUUGAGACUGGGACAAAUCUGACAAUUACCUGUGACGCGAUGUCUUCCAAGUCCUUGCAUUUUGUCUGGAUGAAGGACAACAUUACAGUGUCCUCCAAUGCCAGUAUAAACCUGUGGUCAGUGAGUCCUGAGCACAAUGGGAUUUACACCCUGAUUGUUCACACUGCAAAUCAUAGUCGUCUACACAGACAGAAGGAUUUUACAGUUACUGUGAUGAACAGCACACACACAGAACAUCUGAUCAGCACCAUGAUUAUGGAAACAACACCACAGACAACUAUGACAACAGCACACAUCAGCACAACUAUGACAACAGCACACAUCAGCACAACUAUGACAACAGCACAAAGCAGCACAACUAUGACAACAGCACAACCUAACGUUACAAUGCCGACAUCACAACCACACCAUACCACUGACGCCACAUCUACUGAGGAAGUUAUGAAUAUCAGCACCUCAGCUCCAUCUACUGGAAACAUCACCAUGGUGAAUGUAAACAUCACAACACCACACACGGGUGUAAAGAGCUCAGCCACCACCUUCACACACACCUCAAGUGAGGGUAGGACACUGUCUGAGAUUUGCUGUACAUCCAGCCCAGGAUCUACCAGCAGAGAAAUCACCUCUGUACACCCAGAUACCAGUACAAUCAUCCUUACAUCGGCUUCCAUAAACAAGGCCACUGUGAGAAUAAGCAAUGUCUUAACAACUAUAAUUACAAGAAAAGAUGUAAGUACCACUAAGUCACAUGGGGUGUUUGUUAUCAUUCCUGUUUUCCUCGUGUUGGUUGUGAUUGGGUUUCUUUACCGGCAGUACCUGAUUCAGAAAAGGCUGGAUAUGCCACCCCCAUUCAAGCCUCCUCCUCCACCAGUGAAGUACACAUCAGCAAGAAAUCAUGAUAUACCUGUUACUGACAUUUUAGUAUGAUGAUUUCAUGCAUAAAAACAGAGCCUUUUAUACUAACCAUGUGUUUUUUAUGUGGAGAUUUCCACUGUGCACCUUAAGUUUUUGAUUUAUUUUGAUAUUCUGUGUCUGCCGGUAAUAUAAUUAAAUACAUUAAAGCUAUUCCUUAUUUUGUAAGCAGGAACCAUAUUCCACACCCUUUCACCACCUGUCUUGGUCUUGGUAUAAUGUGAUACAAAAAAUUUUAAUAUAAAUAAAUUACAGUUUAUUUCCAGGGAUGUCCCUUGAUAUGCCUGAUUUUUCUAUAAGGCUGUAAUAACAAGGCCAAAAAUCACAUUUCUAGUUAAAUUGUUAAAGGUUUAGCAUCAAAUUCAUAAGAAGUGGGUUAUAGUCCAUCCAUCCAUCUUCUACCGCUUACUCCUUUUCAGGGUCACGGGGAACCUGGAGCCUAUCCCAGGGAGCAUCGGGCACAAGGCAGGGUACACCCUGGACAGGGUGCCAAUCCAUUGCAGGGCACAAUCACAUACACUCUCACACAAGAGGGUUAUAGUGUGGAAGUUAUUUCAAUUUGUGAGCAGAUACUGUGGCAAGUUAGACUCUUUACCUUUGAAUGCUUUUGAAUGUAAUUUGAUAUUUUAAAAGCAAAAAUCCUAAUUUGAAUUGUUCUUUCCUAUUCUAUGUAUUCUAUAUACUUGUUCUGUGAGUUUCCUGAAUGUUAUUAUGAAAGUAAUUUUCAGGUGCCAGAUGCACUGCUCAUGGCAAUUCUUUUUGGAUUACUGAGGAUAUCGGACACUACAAAUGUGCUAGAAAUUCCAUAUGAAAAAAUUCAACACUUCAAAUUGCUAUUAUUUGAUAUAUCACUCCUGCUUUUAUUUUAUGGUAACUUAUAGGCCUGCUGUAUAUGAACUAGUGGUACAAUUUACCGUAAAAUUUUGAUAUUUGGUAUUUUUUUUAAAUUAUCAGCAUCAGCUGAUAAAUCUUCCCCUUCGGCUGAUAUUUGACAAGUCAGACUUUUGACACCAUAUUAUGGAAGUAUUUUGCGGACAAUAUUCAAAAGCAAUAACACAUAAAUUGUGACAUAAUUCAAAUGAAAAUGCAAAUCGUGUAUUACUGUUUGCAUUUUCAUUUACACGAACGUACAGUGUCUGCCAAAUUUCCCCCCAAAAAAUGUAGCAAUAAAAACUACUUGUUUUUUUACAGCAUUUUGCUGUAGUUGCUAAGACUAUAACUGGGUUAUUUGUGGCACAAUAAUGUUUAUAUAAUUAUUAUUUAUACGUGUAAUCACAUUUACAAAUGUUAGAUAUCCUGAGAAGUAGAUGAUUAUAAUCUUGGUAGAAUGUUACCAAGUUGCCCAGGUCAUGCAAUUUUUAGACGGUCCCUUAAUGGCUUUAUUACUAUAAAGCACUGGUGAGCUGCGUUUCUGAGAGAUUAGCUUCAGGGGGAUUUAACGGGAGAAAAAUGUAAAAUGUAUUCAAUUGUACUUGGUUCUCGUUCCACUCCAGAGUAAGACAAUACACAUUUUGUCCUAUCUGUGUGUUUAUUAUUUGAGAAACAGAAGAGAGAAUCUCGAAUGUGCAGUGAAUCCCCGGUGACUGUAAGCCAGUAGUGAUG